GUGAACCCGCCGACGUCGUCGCUUUUAUUUUUUUUCACUAAUUGCACAUUAAAGUUCCAAUAACUUCCGAGUGCAGUCUCAAAAGCCUAGUAGAUACGUUGUUUAACGUUGUUCUCGUCGCGUCGCUACCAUCAUGAUGCUUUUGAAUGCUCAUGUGAAAUCCGCAAAUGAUUUACCCAGGGGCACUCUACGAUAAUGAAAAUUCUUACAUAUCUAUAAUAUUAUCCGUUGGAAGACAACUACGUGCCGAACGGUGUGCGAACUACCGGGUGAUUAUAAUCAAACUCAAUUAGCCUGUGCUUUGUAUGUCCGGAGAUGAAGGCGCCGAUUAAUGGCCAGCUCUUUCGCUUGACUCAUACUCAACAAAACCUCGCAAUGUACCGCAUGGGUGGUUACGUAAAUCGCGUAAAUGGGACUAAUUUCAUAAACGCAAGAACUGAUCUCCGCCUAAAACUGGGAUCUUCACCUAGGGGAGUUACUUCAAGACAAGAAUCUGUUGAGCCAAGCAAGAACCGUCACCACAAAUUCACGACUUCAGAUGGUCAGAAACUGGGUUCACCAGACAACGAGAACUCCGACCAAGAAGUCGUUGUUGACCGAAUUCAACUUUCGACCUCUGGGGUAUCACUUAAGGACUACGAUAAGCUCCUAAAAGUGCUGGAGGUGCAUCAGACGCGUUUAAAGUUAGAGUUUGGACUUUCAUCGAUGAACAUGUCUGAUAUUACUUUUACAAUACCAUCAUCUUUGAAAAUCGAUGAACGGGAGAUGCCGAAGGGUGUUUCCGGUGAUGGAACUACGACCUUAUCAGUAGUUGGACCUAAAGGACUUUCCUCGACGCCCUACGCUCCUGCGAUACUCGAUGGUACGCUCGAACCUGAGCAAUAUAGUAUCGAACUGGAUGAGCUAGAUGAAGACGGAUAUGGAAUUUAUGCAGAAACACAGGAGACAGUAAAUUCAAAAUUUAAAGAAACUAGCAAGAUGAAGGUGAGCGAGAAAGACAAGCAUAAAUCUGCGAGUAGCCCCGCAGAUUGCCACGCUCGGAAUCUUCAAUACCAAUCACAGGUGUUGCAUUCGUUGAAAAGUUUUGUUGAGGCUUCAGUCCUUUCUGGUGAACUAUCUCAAGCCAUUGCUACUUUACACUACUAUCGAAGGAAGCUAGAGUUGAAACUUGGAAAGGGAGGUCAUCACCCAAUACCGACAGGCGUAUACAAUUCGCUACUAUCGGGAUAUGCCAAUACGGGAAACUUUUCUGGGGCAAUGAUGAUUCGACGCAUAAUGGCUGACUGUGGCGUUCCAUUUGACUCAAGCACGUUUUCCUAUUUGCUUGCGGUCAGCAAAGAUCGAGACGCGAAGUUCAUUUCUAAGAUAAUUAGCAUGAUGUUCGAGAAAAAAAUUACAUUUGAACAGCUAUUUCAGAAAACUGUAUUCACCAAGGUUCAGCGUGAGAAUGCCAUCAAAGCAAUUCGUAAGGUACAGGCAGAUUUUGAGGUACCAGCUAAGACGUUUCCGAUGAAGUACACUUGUGAUCUUCUGCAGCAUCUGAACCAACGCGGGAUAGUUAGACCCAGCCCAAAUGAAGCAAAAAACUUUUCGUUAAAACGAAUGGCUGACGGCGCAAGGGAACAAUGGAACCGCGAAUUAAAUAUGCUGGUUAAGAUAAGAUCAGUAGUUGCGUCUAAGGAACCGACUCCUUAUGUGAAAUUUCUGCGCGGUCAGGUAGCAGCCCUUGAAGAAAAAUGGUCUGAUGAUAUUCGCCAAGCCUUUAAUCGAGAGCUACGUAACUUGGAAAAUCAUAAAAAAUUGAAAAGUGGAAUGACCCUUUACCCUUACCUUCGAGCACUUGACCCAAAGGCUACCGUAACUCUACUGUUGCAUGAGAUACGCACGAUGGCCCUUUCAUCGGAGACGUAUAGUCCUAGCAUGAACCAGCUCAGCGAUCAGCUUGGUCAACGAAUGAAUGAUUUGUAUGUCAUCAGUGCCAAAACGAAAUAUGGAAUUACCCCUAAAUUACAAGCAAUCUACGAUAGUUAUCUUGAGGCUUACGAUUCGGAGAAAAGCUGCCCAGACCGGGAAAUUUGGCAAGAUCUGCUUAGCCGUCAUUCAUUAUGGGGUCCCACUGUGGAGGAGCUAAGCCCAGCCCAAUGGCCAAGAUCAAUAACCAUUGGUGUGGGCCGUUUUCUUUACCAAGUGCUCCGCAACCUUCAAAUAGACAUCAACAUUCUAAAAAGUGAUGCAAAGCCAGCCGUAAUGGUUAAUGCUAUUUACACUAUAUACCGCGACCAUCAAAAUCAUACGGGUAAAAAGGAAGAAGCGAAGCCCCAUCCAACGCUCGCCAAACUGUAUCGUGAAGCCCAAUUGGAGCACCUAUACUUUGAUGUCAAGAUGAUCCCAAUGCUGUGCCCUCCCCGGCCAUGGUGUAAUCCAGUGGAUUCACCGCUCCUUCUGUCUCAAGUGCCUUUUAUUCGGCUUCCAUACGAAGGAAGCAGCCAAAGAGAGCUCGUGGAGAAGGCUCCACGUGAAGAUCUAUUCCCAUCGUUUGACGCACUCAAUGUUCUCUCGAAAUGUCCAUGGAUCAUCAACAAGCCUAUGUUGCAGUUAGUGACUGAGGUGUUUUUAAAUAAUGGCAACCCGAAGCUCGAUAUUCCUCAGCCACCUACCGUUAUUCAAAUGCCACCCUCUAUCAACUCAGUAUUAAAACAAGAUAAAUAUAAGUCCAUUAGGGAGCUUGCUUUAUACCAUCGCAAAUGUGCGGAAGCGUACUCGCUAUGGUGUGAUAUGCUUUACAAGUUGUCAAUUGCCAACCAUUUCAAAGAUAACAUCUUCUGGUUCCCGCACAAUAUGGACUUCAGAGGCCGAGUGUAUCCGUGCCCCCCGCACUUUAGUCAUAUUGGCAGUGACGUCAUGCGUGGUUGUUUGAUGUUCGCCGAGGGCAAACCGUUAGGACCUAAAGGGUUAAAUUGGCUGAAGUUACAUUUAGUCAACCUGACGGGCUUCUUGAAGAGACAGUCUGUUGCUGACAGACUUAAAUACGCAGAGGAAAUUACGAGCGAUAUAUUGGACUCAGCAGAUCAUCCGUUUACCGGCAGGAAAUGGUGGCAAAAAUCAGAUGAGCCGUGGCAGACGUUAGCUGCCUGUAAAGAGGUGGCCAACGCUCUACGCUGCGGCAAAGGCCCCUCUGAGUACGUAUGCCACUUUCCCGUCCAUCAGGAUGGCAGUUGUAAUGGUCUACAGCAUUACGCCGCUCUGGGAAGGGAUCUUCAAGGCGCAGAGCAGGUAAAUCUUCGGCCAAUGAAUCUACCUCAGGAUGUGUACAGCGGAAUUGCUGAGGUUGUUGAACGGCAAAGAAAGCAGGAUGCUGACAGCGGAGUACUCAUUGCGCAGAUUCUCGAAGGGCACAUCAAAAGAAAGGUAGUUAAACAAACUGUGAUGACAGUUGUGUACGGCGUAACCAAGUAUGGAGCUCAACUGCAAAUAUUGCGACAGUUGCAAGAUCUGGAUGAUUUUCCACAGCAACACGCCCACAUCGCGGCCUCAUACCUUGUCCAAAAGGUGUUUUUCAGCUUACGGGAAAUGUUCACUGCAACCAGAGAAAUCCAAGAUUGGUUUACUAAUUGUGCUAAGCUAGUGGCGAAAAUCAGAUGUCGGCCAAUCAACUGGGUGACACCCCUCGGACUUCCCGUCGUCCAGCCCUACUUUGUACCUGUUAAGAAAACAUCGCUGGUGUCUUUCGGAGAAUCAAUCAAAAAGCAAUACAUCGAUCUUGGUGACCACGACGCUAAACCCAACGUGAAUAAACAGAAGAAUGCUUUCCCACCGAACUUUGUUCACAGUCUCGACUCUAGCCACAUGAUGCUGACGGCGAUUCAUGCGCAGGCAGCAGGAAUCACCUUUGUAUCCGUUCACGACUGUUUCUGGACGCAUCCGUCUACGGUGGAUAUCAUGAAUCAGUUAUGUCGCGAACAGUUCGUAGCCCUUCAUUCGUACCCAAUCCUUGAAGAUUUGUCGAUUCAUCUACAGAAACAGUUCGGUUUUCCUACAGCCGAGAUCCUCAAAGACAGUUCUGUUUCAGACAUUAUCAAGCAGAGGCUUAACAAAGUUUUGAGACAAGUUCCUCAAAAGGGUGAAUUUGAUCUAAAGGAAGUCCUCGACUCUGUGUAUUUUUUCGGCUAAUGUUCUAAUUCAACUGCUGUUUCGCAAUCAGAUCUUAUCAAACUUCCUACGAUAGAGUAUAUGAAUGCUUGCAUUCGUAAGCAUAGUUGUAGAUUAUUUUAUGGAUAUAAUAUCAUGAAAUGGGCCAAGUCGUAUUUUAAGGGAAAGAAAUAACUAUGAGUUCGUUCGAAUACGAUGUCAUAUUUAAAGUAUCAACCGUGUAAUUCGGACUUUGGCGUGUACUACUCUAGUGUAUAGGUAUUGAAAUAAUGAGUUUUGAUGUAAAUACUUUCGGAAUCACCAGGAGCGCUGCGGAGGAGUGUCACACCAUUUUUACUGUUUGUCCAAGCGCGUGUCACCUAAGACCUGCAAACGUUACGUUAAAGCGCGGAACAUGUCAUGAUGUCUCAAUUAAACAGAGUGUCCUUUAUUUUUCCUAUCUAAAUCGGAUGAAUUCUCUUUGGUGCAGAUUUUCUUUUGGAGGGAAAUAUGUAUGUUGUUGUUCUUUAAUAUCUAUUUUUUGAUCAAGAAGCAGAUAACGUCAAAUUCGAAAUAUCACGUACGACUGCGUUUACAGUUCGUUCGGGCUGAUACUUCACGUAAAUUCAUUGAAAUUCAGUGAAAUAUCACGUCGAACGGAAACACCUUGAGUCUAUGGUACUUCGAUGUCAGUUCAGCAAUUAUACGAGGAAAAGGAUAUGCAUAGGCAGUCAUUGUUGUUUGUUCCAGACAUACAACUUUUGUGUACAAUCUUUAGUAAGAAUUUUUAAUAAAGCACAUAAUUUUGCA